AUGAACACCGAACACUGGCGCACUGCUACCCUGUCAGUGACUGCUAAAAUGCUCGGUUUGACGCUCACUCGUGCCAACACGUCACCUCAAUCAACAUGGGUCCGGAUGUUCAUUUAG